CUGCAAGAUAUUGUUCAGGAAAAAGUUGAUUAUUAUUUAGAUGAAUUAAUUUAUGAAAUGGAAAUAAAAACUGGAAAGUUGGUUUCAAUACCAACAUUAUGCCGCUCUCUUCAACAUUGUGGUAUUACUAGAAAGAAAUUGCAAAAAGUAGCAUAUAAACAGAAUGAAACAUUACGUGAUUUUUUUAUGUAUCAAAUAAGGAUAGAAUAUAAUGCAGAACAACUCAUUUUUAUUGAUGAGACGUUUAAGAAUGAAAGGAGCGUUUCAUAUUUAUAUGUUGAUGGAUUUAUUGCGGCUGAUAUAAUGGAAGGUAGUUGUGAUAAAGAUAGAUUUCGAACUUUCAUAAUAACACAAGUGUUACCACAGAUGAAUCCAUAUCCUGGUGAAAAUAGUGUACUUAUUAUGGAUAAUGCUCGUAUUCAUUAUGAUGAA